CUUCGUCGAAAAAAUCCGUCAAAAUAGCUCGAUUCUUUUCACAAAUCAUCCGGAAAGGCAAGAUGGUAGUUGAACAUCACGUCAAGGGUUACGAGGAGUUUACGAAACUCGUGGAUGAGCUGGAGACAUCGGGGAAGACAAUUCAUAUUCUUUUCAGCGGUGGAAAGCAGGAGAAUGGCGAGAGUUGGUGCCCUUACUGUGUGAAAGCGGAGCCAGUGGUCAUGAGUGCCCUGGAGAAGGCUCCUGAGGAGACACAUUUCAUCCAUGUGGACGUAGGAGAACGUGCCUAUUGGAAGGACUUGAAUUGUCCCUUCCGCAAGGAUCCACGAACUCAUCUCGUGUUCCUCCCCACGCUGCUGAGGUGGAAGUCUCCUCAGCGACUCGAUGGUGAGAAAUGCUCAAAUGCUGACCUUGUAGAGAUGCUCCUUUGCGAUGAGGAUUGAAGGGCUACAAACACUCAGUUAAUACGCAAAUAAAUAUACAUUUCCGGAUAUUUCAGUGUAAACAAUAUGUGUGAUUAAAUAUUGAAUGAUCCACUAUA